GUGGUCCAUGUCCACCAUUGGGUGGUAGUUCCAUGGAUCCCUGGCAGAUGGAUUUUGUAUAUACAUAACAAUGUCAUCUCGUUCGGUGGACCCGCUGUCCCUGUAUGACCGUAACCAGGAGGCAACCUUGUACGUAGGGAAUGUGGACACUCAGGUUGACGAGGAGCUUCUCUGGGAGUUUUUCGUCCAGGUGGGCCCUGUGAAGCACCUACACAUCCCUAGGGACAAGGUUACUGGUCACCAUCAGGGCUACGCUUUUGUGGAGUUUGACACUGACGAUGACGCGGACUACGCGAUCCGCAUUCUUAACUUCGUUAAGCUGUACAACAAGCCUCUGAGGCUGAAUAAGGCAUCCAGGGACAAGCAAACGUUUGAGAUUGGUGCUAAUCUGUUUAUUGGUAAUCUAGAUCCCGAUGUGGAUGACAAGCAGCUUCACGACACCUUUGCUUCUUUUGGCAAUGUAAUAUCGGCGAAUGUAGUUCGUGACGGUGACGCUACUGAUCGCAAGGCUUUUGCGUUUGUUUCUUAUGACAGCUUUGAGGCUAGUGACGCUGCUCUUGCGGCUAUGAAUGGCCAGUUUAUUUGUAACAAGCCCAUUCAUGUAUCUUAUGCUUAUAAGAAGGACACUAAGGGUGAACGUCACGGCAGCGCUGCUGAGCGCUUAAUCGCAGCUAACAGGCCACAUGAGUACUUGACACAAAUGGGUGUGGCUCCUUAUGGCACAUCUGGCUCAAAUGCCAUGCCUGUGUUCCCACCGCCUAUGGCGGCACCGGUGGUAGUUCCCCCAAUAGUGCAAUUACCUCCGGUCGGUGCCUAUAUGACUCCAGGGGCAAUGCCUCCUCCUCCUAUGGCACCCCCUGCUGCCAUGCAUCGGCCUGUGGUACUGCCACCACCACCGCCCAUUGCUAAGUAGUUCAAUGGACACUAUCACAU